GUAUUAUGAUCAUCUAGGUGGGUCACCUUAAUGGAGAGGUGAAAACAUAUAAUUUGGCAGAUUAAUGCACUGCUAAUGAAUUAAUGAAUGUUUUGAACUGUGAAUUAGCAUGUGAAGUUCAAUUGGUUUAAUGUGGUGAAUUAGUAAAUGCAUCAUCAAUUUUGGCUGGAGACAGAAUCUAUUAUGUCACAGUUGAUGCAGAAGGUGGAAAGAAAAAGAAGAAGAAGAAGAAGAAUUUUGCAAAGCCCAAAAAGAAGAAGCAUAGACACCGAAAAGUUAAGUUGGCUACUCUUAAAUUGUAUAAUGUUGACAACAAAGGAGUAGUUUAAAGAUCACAUAAAUAAUGUCCUUAAUGUCCAUAAGGUGUGUACAUGGCUAAACACUUUGAUAGACAUUAUUGUGGAACUUGUCACCAAACCUUUAGAAUGGAUGAGGCUACAGUAAUUGUUUAAUUUUAUAUUUAAGAUUAAAGCCAACUUAGAAGCAAUCAAAAAAUAAUAAGCUGCAAAAGCUGCAGCUGCUGCUGCUUCUGCCCCUGCUGGUGGUGCUGGAGAUAAAGGAGCUGCUGGAGGAAAAAAGGGCAAGAAGAAGUGACAUAUAUUUAGUAUAUUAAUAAAUAAUGCAAUUAAGUCCAUCAAAAUCAACAACAUAUUCAGAAGAGAAUAAUCUCAUUCCAUCUAAUCCAAUUGGAACUCAAAUAUAAUUACCAAUAGAUCAUUCUUCUCCAGAGAUGCGUUUACUAUGCUUUGCUUAAUCAAAUGAUCUUGAACAAUUUUCUAAUUUGUUAAGAUCUGGACCAUUUGAUCUAUCUGCUAUUUAGAAUUAAAAAAGAUUUACAGCUCUUCAUUAUGCUUGUUUCAAUAACAGUUUUCAAAUGUGUGAAUUAAUAAUAAACCAUUAAGAUAGAAGAGAGAAUAGUCUACAGAAUAUGGAGAAUUUUAUCAAUUCUACAACUAAUGAUGGAUUUACAGCUGUGCAUUUUGCUGCUUUUAGAGGGAAUGUAUAAAUACUGACUCUUUUAAAAUUAAAAGGAGCCAACUUAAAAGCAACUAAUAAAUAAGGUUUGAAUAUUAUGCAUAUAGGUGCAUAGGGUGAUCAACCUAAUACUAUUGUAUUUGCACUAGUAAAUGGAAUUUAAUUGACCGAUUUAGAUUUGAAUGGAGGUUCUGCUUUACAUUGGGCAUGCUUUUAUGGUUAAGAGCACUCAAUAAAUUAUUUGUUGCCUUUAAUAGAAAAAAAAAAACCAUAUUACCCAUUAAAUUCUCUUGAUUCUCAUUAAUUUACACCUUUACAUUUAGCUGUUUAAAGUGGAAAUACAAAACUAGUUAAAAAGUUGUUAAUUUAUGGAGCUGAUAAAACAAUAAAAGGAUAUGGAAAUAAAACACCAGCUGAUUUAGCUUAAGAAAAUGACUUUAAGAAUAUUCAUAAUAUGUUAACUAAAGAACGUGGUUUUUUAAUCACAUACUUUAAUUUGAAAUAAGGUAUUAAGAGAGUUAGAAAAACAGGAUUAGAAUUAAUGAGAUUUGGUGGAUUUAUGAUAUUUCUAUUACUCUCUUAUUAUUUAUAUAUGGUUGAUGAUUUUAUACCAAUCAUCUCCGAUUAUAUAUUAUUUGGAAUUACAUUGUUAUUCUUUAUUUUUAUUGUAUGUUCUAAUCCUGGAUAUUAAAUUAGAAGAUAGGAACCAUUAUAUACUUUAAUAACAACUUAUGAUCAUUAAGAUGUAUGUCCUAUUUGUAAUGUUGUGAAAUUACCAAGGAGUAAACAUUGCGAUAUAUGUUAAAGAUGUGUAUUAAUUUAUGAUCAUCAUUGUCCUUGGAUCAAUAAUUGUGUAAAAAAUCCAAUAUAUUCUAGGUUGGUGCAGAAAAUCAUCUGAUUUUUAUUAUUUUUUUAAUUUCUUUGGAUACAUCACUAAUAUAUGCUCUAGUUAAUACAGUUAUGUAAUGUUUUAUUGGAAAUGAGAAUGAAUUAGAGUUUUUUAAUGAAGAUUUUACAUUUUGGAUAAUCUUAACUUUAAAUAUAUUCAUAGAAAUUAUUUUUGUUAUUGGAAUUACAGCUCUUAUUGUGACAUAAUUUUAAAAUAUAUUUCUUGGUUAAACUACAUUCGAAAGAUUUGCAGUUCAAAAUCAAACAUCUACUAUUAAAUCAGUAAUGACCAAUUCAAAUAAGAAUUCUUUAAUUGAUGAUGAUUUACUUUCUCCAAAAAAAGAUAGAUUUGUUUAAUGUUCAUGUAAGAAUUUACUAAAUUUCUUAACAAAUGGAAUCACAUAAAGAAAAAAAGAGUAAGCAAUAAGAAUUUGA